CUCAUAUAAGGAGCACUGCCUGGCCAGCGGGCUCAGCAAUGGCGUCUGCUCAGUGGCCCUGCCUCAUCUUGGCCCUGCUCUCCUACUUGGCAGCCUCCGGCUUCCCAAGAAGCCCCUCCCGGCCGCUCGGGGUGGUCGACAGCAUUGAGGUCUACAGUACCAAGAUCAGCUGCAAGGUGACCUCCCGCUUUGCUCACAAUGUUGUUACCACGAGGGCCGUCAACCGUGCAGACACUGCCAAGGAGGUUUCCUUUGACGUGGAGCUGCCCAAGACAGCCUUCAUCACCAACUUCACCUUGACCAUUGACGGUGUUACCUACCCUGGGAAUGUCAAGGAGAAGGAAGUUGCCAAGAAGCAGUAUGAAAAGGCUGUAUCCCAGGGCAAGACAGCUGGCUUGGUUAAAGCCUCUGGGAGGAAGCUGGAGAAAUUCACAGUCUCAGUCAACGUGGCUGCAGGCAGUAAGGUCACCUUUGAGCUUACCUACGAGGAGCUACUGAAGAGGCACAAGGGCAAGUAUGAGAUGUAUCUCAAGGUCCAGCCCAAGCAACUGGUCAAGCACUUUGAGAUCGAGGCAGACAUCUUCGAGCCCCAGGGCAUCAGCACACUGGACGCUGAAGCCUCAUUUGUCACCAAUGACCUCCUGGGCAGUGCCCUCACCAAGUCCUUCUCAGGGAAAAAGGGCCACGUGUCCUUCAAGCCCAGCUUGGAUCAACAGCGUUCAUGCCCAACCUGUACAGACUCACUCCUCAACGGAGAUUUCACCAUCACCUAUGAUGUGAACAGAGAGUCUCCAGCCAACGUACAGAUAGUCAAUGGCUACUUCGUGCACUUCUUUGCACCUCAAGGCCUUCCAGUGGUGCCUAAGAAUGUGGUCUUUGUGAUCGAUGUCAGCGGUUCCAUGUACGGUCGGAAAAUACAGCAGACAAAGGAUGCCCUCCUCAAAAUCCUGGAGGAUGUGAAAGAGGAUGACUACCUGAAUUUCAUCCUGUUCAGUGGGGAUGUGACUACUUGGAAGGACAAUUUAGUUCAAGCCACUCCUGAGAACAUCCAGCAGGCCAGGGAGUUCGUGAUGAACAUUCACUCUCAAGGAAUGACCAACAUCAAUGACGCGCUGCUGAGGGGCAUCAGCAUGCUGAAUAAGGCCCGGGAGGAGAAUGCAGUCCCAGAGAGAAGCACGUCCAUCAUCAUCAUGCUGACCGACGGAGAUGCCAAUGUUGGUGAAAGCAAACCCGAAAAAAUCCAAGAGAAUGUGCACAACGCCAUCAGGGGCAAGUUCCCUCUAUAUAACCUGGGCUUUGGCAACAAUCUGAAUUAUAACUUCCUGGAGAGUAUGGCCCUGGAGAACCACGGGCUUGCCCGGCGCAUUUAUGAGGAUUCUGAUGCCAACUUGCAGUUGCAGGGCUUCUACGAGGAGGUUGCCAACCCGCUGCUGACAAGUGUGGAGGUGGAGUACCCUGAGAACGCCAUCCUGGACCUCACCCAGAACACUUACCAGCACUUCUAUGAUGGCUCAGAGAUCGUGGUAGCUGGGCGCCUGGUGGACAAGGACUUGAACAACUUUAAGGCAGAUGUGAAGGGCCACGGGGCCAUCAAUGAUCUGACCUUUACAGAGGAGGUGGACAUGAAGGAGAUGGAGGAGGCCCUGCGGGAGCGGGACUACAUUUUUGGGAACUACAUUGAGCGGCUCUGGGCCUACCUCACCAUCGAGCAGCUGCUGGAGAAACGCAAGAACGCCCAUGGCGAGGAGAAGGAGAACCUCACGGCCCAGGCCCUGGACCUAUCCCUCAAGUACCACUUUGUGACUCCACUCACCUCCAUGGUGGUGACCAAGCCCGAGGACAAUGAGGACCAGACGGCCAUUGCUGACAAGCCUGGGGAAGGGCCUACGGAUGCAGAAGUGACCCCCUCCAUGGCCUACCUGACCAGCUACCAGCGUCCGCAAACACCCUACUACUACGUGGAUGGGGACCCCCACUUCAUCAUCCAAGUCCCAGAGAAAGACGAUGCCAUCUGCUUCAACAUUGACGAAGACCCAGGCACAGUGCUGCGUCUCAUUCAGGACCCCAUCACAGGCCUCACAGUUAAUGGGCAGAUCAUUGGUGACAAGAGAGACAGCCCUGACUCCAAGACCAGCAAAACUUACUUUGGCAAACUGGGCAUUGCCAACGCUCAGAUGGACUUCCAGAUUGAGGUGACACCAGAGAAGAUCAUCCUGCGGAAUGGGGCUGCACAGAGCACUUUCAGCUGGUUGGACACCGUCACAGUCAGGCAGGAUGGGCUGUCCGUGACGAUCAACAGGAAGAAGAACAUGGUGAUCUCCUUUGGAGAUGGGGUUACCUUUGUGGUCGUCUUGCACCAGGUGUGGAAGAAACAUCCUGUCCACCAGGACUUUCUGGGCUUCUACGUGGUGGACAGUCACCGGAUGUCAACACAGACACACGGGCUGCUGGGACAAUUCUUCCACCCCUUCGAGUUUAAAGUGUCUGAUGUCCACCCCGGCUCUGACCCCACAAAGCCAGAUGCCACCAUGGUGGUGAAGAACCACCGGCUGACAGUCACCAGGGGCUCCCAGAAAGACUACGGGAAAGAUGUCAGCAGUGGCACGAAGGUGACUUGCUGGUUCGUCCACAACAAUGGGCAAGGGCUGAUUGAUGGUGUCCAUAGCGACUACAUUGUCCCCAGCCUGUUCUGAGUAGAAACAUCAGCUCCUGCUGAGACAGCUGGCCUGGCUUGCCUGGCAUCUGGAACAGAGGCACAGUGCGAGGCCUGACGGAGGGCUGUAAUAAUAAAGCCUGAGGUGGAAAAAGAC